UUCCCAACGACAGCGGUGAUGUUUCGGAGGCAAGUGGCGCUGCUGUGAACUGUUUGGCAAACCAGCACGGACGUGAGACGCGAAUUUAAUCAAUUCAAGACCUUUGUCAAACUCCCCCAUGUCGCCGCCGAGCUGUAAAGACUUGAACGUUUUGAAUGAACCGAUCUCGUUGUCAUUCAGGACCAUAUGUUGAGAAAACCGAGCGGAGGAAGCAGAAAAGACAGUUUCGGAGGGUGUCUGGACGGCAGGACGAAGCGGCUAGCUAAUAGUAACUCACAGCUGUGGUGCCAAGGGGGAUAUACACACGCAAAGUGACAUCGCCAACAAAUACGCGGAACAGAGGAUAAUCUGGCAGAGGAUAACCUGUCCAAUCUCCUGGUGUCGAGUAGAAGAUACAUUAGUUGUCUUGGUGCGAAGAUAACACCUGACUACGACGGGGUCGGCCAACAGUGUCACCUCAGAAAUAGAAAGAAAAACGAAACAAGCGUCAAGCUUCGUCCAGUGCUUUGAGAAUGAACCACUUAUCCCUCGGUGAGCUAUGUUGCCUGUUCUGCUGUCCACCGUGCCCCAGCAAGAUCGCCUCCAAGCUGGCCUUCCUGCCCCCAGAGCCCACCUACAGCCUCAUGAGUGAUGAUAGUGGCAGCCGAUGGACGCUGCACCUCUCCGAGCGCGCCGACUGGCAGUACUCAUCCCGAGAGAAGGACGCCAUUGAGUGUUUCAUGACACGCACAUCAAGAGGGAACCGCAUUGCCUGCAUGUUUGUCCGCUGCUCACCCAGCGCCCGCUACACGCUAUUAUUCUCCCAUGGAAACGCAGUGGACUUGGGCCAGAUGAGCAGCUUCUACAUCGGCCUGGGUUCCCGGAUCAACUGCAACGUCUUCUCCUAUGACUACUCAGGCUACGGGGCGAGUUCUGGGAAACCCUCAGAGAAGAACCUGUACGCUGAUGUAGACGCUGCCUGGCAGGCACUACGGUCACGGUAUGGCAUCCGGCCAGAGAAUGUGAUCGUGUAUGGCCAGAGCAUUGGCACGGUGCCCUCCGUGGACCUGGCUUCUCGUUAUGAGAGUGCUGCCGUCAUCCUCCACUCCCCGCUCACGUCUGGCAUGAGGGUAGCCUUCCCCGACACCAAGAAGACCUACUGCUUCGACGCCUUCCCAAACAUUGACAAGAUUUCCAAGGUAACGUCACCGGUACUGGUGAUCCACGGUACGGAGGACGAGGUCAUUGACUUCUCCCAUGGCCUGGCGCUGUAUGAACGCUGUCAGCGCCCCGUGGAGCCGCUCUGGGUUGAGGGUGCCGGACACAAUGACGUGGAGCUCUAUGGACAAUACCUGGAGAGACUCAAACAGUUUGUUGCACAUGAGUUGGUCAACUUGUAGAGGGCCUGGAUAAAAGGGUGGAGAGGGAAGAAAAGAAGAAAGAAAUGGUUUUCAGGAGAGCUUGGAUAAUGGAGAAAGGGUACAUCUUUUUCUUUUUUUGUGAAGUGAUGCAGGUGGAAGUGUUUGUCUGUUCAGUACUGAAGAUUCGAUGGAAGUCUCCUCUCACUAUCGAGCACCUCUCCCUCUUUGCCUGGGCCUUUCAGCUCCGUCCACUCCACAUGCUGCAGCUGUGAACUUACAAGUAUCCAUCGUUUUGUUUUGCUUUUCUUUUCUUUUUUUAUCAUGUUGAAAAUUGCACAUCCUGAAAGUGCGUGAAUGAAAGAGGUAGUAGAAAACUGCACAGGCAACAUACUGUGUGUACGUGCGAUAUACGAGAGUGUGUGCGUGAGUAUGCGAGUGUCACAUUUUUGCUGCCUUUUGAAAUGGUCCACAGUUCGUAAUAGUCAACUCUCGAGGCUUUUGAAGUCCGGGGAAACAAUCUUGCUACAAACUGGACUGGACCAGAAGUGGACCAGACUCUCUCUAAUCCAACCAAACUAUUUCUGACUAUGAGGUCAGGUUUGGUCCCACACACUGCAGUCACCAUGAAUUUCAUUUUUUGGAUUACUGUUUAUUAUGUUUUUUUAUAUUAUACAUGAUAUUUGCACGAAUCAGCUAUCACUGAAGAACUGUACAAGACAAACUGACAUAUACUCUAGCCAGUGUUGCCAAAUGUUUAGUAUAAUAUAUUGCAGAGACUUAGACACACAAAGAACGUUAUACUUUGUACGAUUAAGAUCUACUAGAAACAUCUCCAAAGCUCUGUUAGCUGUGUUCAGCCUCUACUUUUCUGUUCAGUUUAAAAAUGGUACAAUUUAAAUGUUACAAUCUACAAUAACAUGAUGCAAGAUUGGUUAAAAGGCCUGGGCUGUUUAUCAUCAACAAAGCGUGGGUUUCCACAGCUCUUACUUCAGAGUUUACAUCGAAGUGUUGUUGCUGUAAGAUCAGUAUCACUAAGCUGUCGUCAGUGAACUUGAUGCUGGACUGUUUUGUGCCGAAAAUAUCUGACCGAUCAUUGAAAAUAAAAAGUAUUCACACUGGUAUAACUAUUUUCAUGCCCAAUAUUUACAGUGUUUUAUCUGUCUUUGGGUCUGAAGGUAUUAAGUUAAAAUUAUAUACUUAGAUCUCUUAGGAACCUGAAUCCAAUCUUUCUAUAUGUGUCUUUUUUUUUUUUUUUUUUUUUUUAUAUAUGACAAAGAUUUAACUACUGUGACGGCACCGAACGAUCUGCGCUCUGAUCAAGACUUAUACCACUAAUGCCAAUCCAGACUGAAUAGAUAAUAUUAUUAACACAGCUGACGUUGACUCAGUCAAACUGAUUUUCAGUUCAGGAAGUUAUUGAAAAAUAUAAAAAUGUUUUAUUAUAAGUUAUUGACAAGCAUUUAUUUUCAGUACAUUUGAGCUAAAAAAAUGGCUCCAGUAGGUGUAUGUCAGCAUCAGUGUCUCAGCAUUGAAAGGCCUCCAUCACAGACAGAAUGUUUUGUUUUUGUCUUAAAUUUAUCUUUUUGUCUGCAUGGUAUUUUUUGGAUCCAUUGUUGUCUGUUGAUUUGCCCUUUAAUUCUGAGUGAGACGAAACAAUGCAUUAACAACUCUAUUGAGGGACCGUCGGAGCCGUGUAUGGCAAAUGUCAAAGUGCUGCAUGCCAUGAAUGGCUAGUUUCUCUACUUGGCCUGUAUAUGAAAUACAGAAAUGCUUAGGAAAUCUCAAUAUUUUUUAUGGGUAUUUUGAAUACCUGUAUUACACUUGAGCCUGCUUCCACUGAAGGGGCCGAAUACUCUCGGUAAGUGACAAAUAACCAAUAAGCCAAUGGGUGCUACUGUAAACCUUCAGGUCUGAAUACUUACAGGUUGAGAGGACACAAAGCAUAGCUUGAUGUUUGGCGGAUUGACCAAAAUCCAAAACAGGAUUGGAUCAGUAACUGUUUGUCAGGUGAUGGUCUGUUGUAUGAAAUGUUUUUGUUUCUUUCAUAAUUCAUUUGUCUUACACACGGUUAUGCUUUCUUUAAUUUUGACUUUGUAAAUAAUAUUUGUACUGGACAUGUUGUCUUUUUUCUUUUACAAGCUUUUGUCCUCAGCUCUUACUUUUCCAAAUCUUGAUAUGACAACUGUUAGACCAUGGUAGGCCAUCAUUUUGGCUUUUCAGAUGACCUUUGUACCGGUCUCUUUGACUAAUGUCAUCUCUGAUUUGAUUAGAUUAAUUUUGUAAAGCAUAUUUCAAUACAGAAGGAACAUAUAUGUAAUAACAAUAUUAAUAUAGUAAUUCUAACAUGGAUAGAGAAAAUAAAGUGGUAUUUGAGAAGCAA